CGCAUGCCACAAGGACGUAAUGCGCGUGCGCGCCAGGGCGCGCCAGGCGGAGCUGUGGAAAGAGGUAGGGAGAGGCGGCUGGGACUGACGUCAUUGUACUGCGACCCCAGUGACAUCUCUGGGGAAGCUAGGCGGGCCUGGGAAGCCGAGUGGGAGUGGCGCGGAGCUGCGGCGGAUCCAGAAAAACUGAGUGGCGGCAAGCAGAGUCUGCAAGCUAGUAUUUUUAAAAUGACCACACCAAACAAGACACCUCCUGGUGCUGACCCUAAGCAGUUGGAAAGGACUGGAACAGUACGGGAAAUUGGGUCACAAGCUGUUUGGUCACUCUCAUCUUGUAAACCAGGAUUUGGAGUGGAUCAGUUACGAGAUGACAAUCUAGAAACUUACUGGCAAUCAGAUGGAUCCCAGCCUCAUUUAGUGAACAUACAAUUCAGAAGAAAAACAACAGUGAAGACAUUAUGUAUUUAUGCGGAUUACAAAUCUGAUGAAAGCUACACUCCAAGCAAGAUCUCAGUCAGAGUAGGAAAUAAUUUUCACAAUCUUCAAGAAAUUCGGUAUUUUAUUAUGGAAAAUUUCAGAUACACAGAAAAGCUAAAAGAACUGAACAGUGAACCCCAACAUACUCAUACUCAUAUUCUAGAUUAUACAAUUGUUAGUGUUUUGCUAUACUUUAUUAUGAUCUUUUCAUUAUCUCAUUUUUAUGUACAUUUCAAAAUAGGUUGUUGAUAUUUCUACAUUUCACCCCAAAUACUUUAGCAUGGUGUAUGAUAACUAGAGUCAUUAAUAUUUCUUUCUGAAGGUUCAUUUUUUAAGGUAAAAUUUAUGUAAAUUUUGCACAGAUCUUAAUUAUUUGGUGAGUUUUGACAAAUGUAUAAUACAUCUGUAUAGCCCCAACUCCUAUUAAGAUAGAUAUAGAACUUUCCAUUACCCAGAAAAUUCCCUCAUAUUUCUUUCUAGUCAGUCCCCAUAUCUGUCUUACCCUCAGUGGUAACUGUUGUGAUUUUGUUUGUUCAUUCAUUCAUUCAUACCACAGAUCAGUUCUACCUGUCCUAGAAUGUCAUAUAAAUGGAAUCAUACAGAGUAUACAUUUAUGUAAAGAUUCUUUCGCUCAACCUCAUUUUUUUGAGAUCCAUCCAUGUUGUUGCAUGUAUCAGUACUUCAUUUUUUGGAUUCCUGAGUUGUAAUCCAUUGUUUGAAUAAACUAUAAUUUAUUUAUCUUCUGACAACUUUCUGAAGCCAAUAGGACCAUGCUUUUGUGACCUGAAUUUUAUUAAUCCCCAAAUAUUUACAUUCCAGAGAUAUUUUCAGUGAUUUUGAAAUAUACACUUGGAAAAUUGUGACCCUUAUUAGCAUUUUUUCUUUUCAGAAAAUUUUUGAGCUCAAAUAGUCAUUAAAAUCCUUAAAUUAGGUGGUUCUGAGAAAUCUGGGACAGACCUAUACUUUUUGAAAGACUUCUAGUUAAAUUGUGACCUGGACUCUUAUUCGGUGUUUAUAUUUAGAUCUAUCUACAUUUAUAUUUCUUCCCCGAGUUAGUAGUAGAAUACUUAAUAAAAAUCGUAUGUACUUUCAUUGUUUUCUUAUUAAGUGCAGUGUUUUCCUCUUGUGAAACUUGCUUAUACAUUAACAAAUAAUAAGUAAGUACAUUGUCCACAGGUAUUAUUGUUGUUUGAUCUUCUUUGAAAUAAAUUCAUUGCUUUUUGAGAUGAA